GCCAAUUUAAAAAUCGGUGAGCACUUUUCUCAAUGGACGUCGCCCUUAAACGUUCCAUCUCACGCACUGCGCAGAGGCAGUGAUAAUAGCGUAUGUCUAGUCUACGGAGGAGCAUUGUUCGCUUAGACGAGCCUUUGUGCGCCUCUUCGCCGACAUCUAGAAUGCUGGCAGCAGCGAUUUAAUUCCACGUGCGAUCGUAUGCAGGAGGCAUCUGAAACAAGAUAUGGCCAACUACCUACUCGUUAUGAGGAAUCAGAAUGUGGCCCGACAAGGCAAAGUUUCACAGAAAAUAACAGAGCAACAAGAAGCACAGUCGAUGUUUACCAUAUCAAUGCGAGUUGGCUUCCUCGUUGCAACCGUGGACUUGCCUGUCAACUCCCUAGAGCUGACACUCCGUUGAAUAUUGGUUCGAUUGAUGUACACUGUGCAAUAAGUUACCUUUUAACUCAUAAGCCUCCGUGUUUGGCAAAAGUCGUCUAUGGCUAUUCUUCUGAAGAGACUGCAUGGGAAGUACCUCCCAUAUGGUCUCAUGUACUCAGAUCUCCGUGCAAGUACGUGGCAGUACUUGACGAAUGCGAGAUUUAUGGAGCCAUCUUGGUGCUCUUGUUGCAUGAAUUUCUCGUCCAGAUUGGGAAACUAGACGAUCGAUGGUUGGUAUGCGGGAGCGCUGCACUCUGACCGCAAAAGCAACUCUGAUGCUCCUGUGCACUAGCAAAGGGGUGGCCCGUCAAUCCAUGCGCUGUUAUACCUCUGUACAAGCGCCUACUAAGAAUGGGCAGCACUCGUAUUAGCUCUGCACUGCGGGUGCCCUCCUCUGUCGUGUCUAACCCUCGGCCAUUUGCCGAGCGGAAGCCCACUGGCCAAAGUGGCUCCCAGCAGAUCCAAGACCUUGACGGCGUA